CAACUCCUGACGAUCGUUGACGCCCUCCCAACCGCACACCACCAAUGUCAACCAGCGAACAUGGAGUUCGCCGCUGCAAGUGAUCAGGAAAACCUGGUGCACGGAUUCCAGACCGCAGCCGCUGCCAAACCGCUAAACCAGGGCCUGAAGGGCUAUGGUGCAAAGACUCCCGGAAACAAAGCGCCCAAGACUCCGUUCAAGAUCCCGCUCAACGAUGAGAAUGCGCCGUUCAGAGCCGGGAAGUCUGUGUUGAAAACGAAUGGCAAAGGCAACCAAGACUUCUUAGGAGGCGGGAAAGGGGGAGACCUGGACAAAAAUGCCUUCAUUACGCCAGCAGGUCCCCGGACUCGAGCUCCCUUGGGCAUGAAAACCACCAAUGCGAAGACCAAAGCUUUUCAAACGCCAGCUGCUCUUACCGAUUCUGCAAAGACCCAAAAGAAGACAAGCCCACGCCUUCGACGUCCAAAGGUCAAAGUCCACCAGGCAGAAGCUGCCAAAGAUGAACCGGCGGAAAAAGAGCGGGAGAUUGAGUACAUGCCUCCGAAGUGCAUUCCCCUCCCAGAUGACCCGGAAGGCUGGCCAGCCGAUAUGGAGUUCCCUAUGUUCAAGGGUUCAAACUUCACACGCGGCAUGGAGUCCACAUACUUCAACCCGGUUGGCGACGAUGGUCUGACGCGCUCCGAACGUGAAGACCUUGCGGAGAAAGCCAAGUCUGACAAACGGGACGAGGAGAUUAUGCAGAAGGCAAUGGAUGACGAUCUUGCAGCAGUCCAGGCCUCAAUUGCUGAAGGUCUGCUCAAACAAAAGAAGAAUCCUGAGCCGGCAGUCCGCAAGCCAUUGGCGUCAAAACCGCCGUCAACCGUGAACUCCAGGACUGCUGCUGCGGCACUCUCCCCAAAGCCCAAAUCACACUUUGCAGCUCCGACUGCAGCCACGAAGGCGCGUGUUCCUUCUAAACUCAACAUGUUGUCAAGCAAGAAGACAACCCCGACUCUCAAUCCAUCAGCUGCUCGUCAUGCCGCAGCAACUACCGCAUCACGAAGCACGAUUGGGUAUGCUCACUGGCGGAGCACAUCUACGUCCCUCCGAAAGCCGCUUACGAAUAUCACCAAGAACGUUUCUUCCACUACCACCAAGCCUGCUUCUACCAGCACUUUUACCAAGCCCUCUGCACACGAGCGUACAGUCAGCACUCCUGCUGGGUCUGUAUCGCGCUCCUUGUCCCGCUCUAGCUCUGGCACUACAGUUACCGCUGCCCGAUUCGCAAAGGAGAAUUUCAGCUAUGAAGCUGAGGAGGAAUUGAUGCGGGAGAUGCAGUUCAAGAACCUCGAAGAAGACGAUGAGGAUGACGUUGAUGGAUGGCUGAACUCAUUUGCUCCUGCAGGUGGACUCGGAGAGGAGGAUAAGUUUGAGAACUUCCAACUGACUGUCGGAGAGUUGUGAUUGGUGAGGGUCUCUAUCCUGGCGAAGACGAACAAUGAUACUACAGUCAUUUGAACAGUCUUGGCGUUAUUGGAGACCAUCCGGGGACCUUGGAAUAGUCCGCUUAUUAGGUACUUGGAGUUCUGUCUUUGGUAUGCCUCUUUUCUGUACUGCGUUACUACCAGGACUUCAUCCCUGUGUUUCGUCAGACGAGGCAGUGUUAUUUGCACAGCAACGGUUACUGCAUCGGGUAGUAAUAAUACAGAGAUGUUCAUGAUUAUACUCGUCC